AUGGUAAUAAACAGUACAAAUGUGAUUACGGAAAGUUCAAGUGAGUCUAAUUAUCCAAUAGGUUUAAAAUUCUUUUUGAUCGAUUUUCGAAGAAACAUUAUUGUUCAUCCACAAUGGUUACAGCGUUUUAGUAGCUCUCCAGUACGAAUUUGUGCUCGAUUUCUUGACGAUGUUGAUGAGAGCAAUACAUCAGUGACACCUUUGAUAGUCUUCAUAAAUAAAAUCUCAGGUGGUCGAAAAGGUGAGAGCAUCUAUCGUCGACUUAUUCGGCUAUUAAAUCCACGUCAAAUUUUUCUUCUUGAAAACAAUGACAAUAUUAAACAAGCUCUAAGCAUUUAUUCAUCUUUACGUAACACUCGGAUUUCUAUCUGUGGUGGUGACGGAUCUGUUGGAUGGGUAUUAAAUGUUUUAGCCGACACAUGCUCGUCAUUAAAUAAUCCACCAGUAAGUAUCUGUCCAUUAGGUACAGGCAACGAUUUGUCCCGUGUCUUGGGUUGGACUCCUCUCAAUGUUCGCUUUACAAAUUACUUAAGUUUUGGACUAGAUGCAGCUGUUGUACUUGAUUUUCAUGACCAGCGAAUCCGUGAUCCAUCUAGAUUUACUUCACCAUUCAAAAAUAAACUAAUUUAUCUGAACGUUAGUCGAACAUAUUUUAGAGAGUUUGCAUUAUGGAGAGCAUGGGACUUAAGACCAUAUAUGAGAUUGAUUUGCGAUGGCAAUGAUUUAACCGAUUCAAUACGUCAUUGCCAUACUAUUGUUCUAUUAAAUAUUCCAAGCUAUGGUUCAGGCACUCAUCCUUGGAGCAGAAGAUUAUCAAGCAAAGCUCUAAAAACAUCUAAUAGGCAAAGCCAAAGUGAUAGAUUUGAUCAAACUAGUCGAGACACAUCAGGCAACAUGUUUCCAUCGGAUUAUGUGCAUGACGAGAACGAUCAGGCAAGAUCAUCUGCUGUGAAUUUAACCCGAAGACAAGACAUUAGUGAUCAAAAAAUUGAAGUGUUCGGACCAGACUCAAUACAGAUGGCCUUAAUUCAUGCCGGAUUUCGUGGCCGCCGUAUCGCUCAAUGCAGUGAAGUUCGAAUAGAGUUAAUUCGAUCGAUGCCUGUACAUAUGGAUGGUGAGCCAUUUUAUCUUCCUGAAGCAAUCGCAAUAAAUGUGACCCAUGCUGGCCAAGUACUAGUAUUGAGAAAACAGCAAAGAUAA